CUAGUCGUAAAAGCGUGGACAAAAUUAACAUUCUUAAUGAAGACCACUCCGCAUCAGAGGCUAGUUAUGGUUGGAGAUCGCGACGGAUUAAAGGAACUGUUACGUCGUCGAUUAGUUGAAUGUGGAUGGAGAGACCAAGUGAAAUUAAUCUGUAAAGAAUUAAUCAAGGAACAAGGCCAAGAUGUUACUUAUGACAAAUUACUUUCUAUGGUCACAUCUAAGGCGAGGACGCUAGUCCCUGAUUCGGUUAAAAAAGAACUUUUACAGAAGAUAAAAAAUCAAUUGAUUGCUCAAGAAGAGAAACUAAAGAUGUAAUAAUGUAAAACCAAAGAGUUGUUUAUAAAAUAGGUAUCGUUCGACAAAUGUACAAAUGCUCUCUCAUAAUAUUUCAACAUACAAUAUCUUUGUCACGUGCUAACACUAUCGUAUUAAACAUUAACAAUAUAAAGGAUUAUAAGUUGCGUAUAAAUUGUAUGAAAUCUUCGGCUGUAAAUAAUAUGUAUAAGUGUGAAUGGAUUUAUU